AAGAGAAUUUUGCUGUUUAUUAGUCAGUAGUCAGAAUUGCAAGGUCAAAAACGCGUCGCACGUUUGGCACGUUAUAUUAUUUUGGACGCUGCAGCCUGGACGGCCUUGACGAUAUUUGGGCCCCAAUUCACCGCCGCUCCCUUUUAUUCCCGAAAAAUGGACUCCCUCAUGAGCGAGAUGGAGUUGCUCCUUUCCAAGAUCAAAGGGCUACCAGAAAGCGAAAGAAAGCUCGCUUUUCAAAAAAUUCAGCAGCAGCUUGGUCCUGACACAAGUGCAAAUGAGAUGUGUGGAUUUGGUGAUGGAAAUGCUGUGCUGCCUGAGGCUGUCAUUGAGGAAAAAUUUCAAAAUUCAUUGGAUUACGGAAAUAAUGAAGCUGCAUUUGAGGUUUAUGUCGGUUUAGAAGAAAAAGAAAGAGAAGAAGCUGUUGCAGAUGCCGUGACUGAUGUUCUUGAAAUCAGUCUAGGAACUGAACUAAUGUGUGAUAUUUGUGGUAUAAGUCUAAAAAACAAGCCUUCUCUCAGGAUCCACUUGAAAUCGCAUGAAAGCAAGAGAUCGACUUACCAAUGCAACAUUUGCCAGAGGAAUUUCUUUGCGGUUUCAAAUCUAAAGGUGCAUUUAAAACGACACGCAAACCAGAGGGACUUCUCAUGUCCGCAUUGUGAAUACAAGUCAUUCACUAAAAACGACCUUGAUCGCCACAUCGCCACUCACACCAUGAAAUAUGACAACAUUUGCGAGUACUGCGGCCGCACAUUUUCUGCCAAGAGACUGCUCAACUGCCACAUAAAGACCGUCCACACCGACGACCGCAAUGACUUCUGCUGCGCCCUGUGUCCACACAAGGCUAAGUUAAAAAGCAACUUGCGAGUGCACAUCAGGCUGAAGCAUCUCGGCGACUACUACACACACGUUUGUCCCGUUUGCGGGCUCAAGGUGGCCAUGAGAAGCGCUUUCGUCCAGCACAUGCGUGCGCACACUGGUGACAGGCCCUUCAAAUGCGACCUCUGCCCUUCUUCCUUCGCCUCCAGAGGCAGACUCAAUGCACAUGUCACUAAUAUCCACAAACCUAGAGAGUUCACCUGCGAAGUGUGCAGCAAAAAGUUCGCCACAAAGCACCACCUAAACAGACACACGACCACCCACCUUAACUCAAAACCAAACGCAUGCCCUUUCUGUCAGUUCGCUUGCAACAUGAUUGGCAAUUUGACGAAGCACAUCCGCAACUCGCACAACAAGCCGGACUUCAGUAUGCGGGACUUCAAGAAGCAGAAAAACCAGCGAAUCGGCAAAGAGAAAAAGAGUUGGACUGAGAAAGGGGAGCAUGUGAUGGGACAGUACUUGGACAACUUGUCUCUCACGCUGGGUAGAAAGAUCACAGUGGAAGAGCUGAAAGUGCAGGAAGAAAGUAAACAGAAGCAUUUGUCUGAGGUCGUGGAAAAGGCCAAAUUGGAUCGCAUCAAGAAGAUAACAUCAAAAGAGCACUCCUAUUUCCAGAAGCCAAAUCCACCUGCCUUUAGCCUUCCUCACGUACUGCCCAACAUUUACACUGAAGCGAUCGCCGCUGCAAACCUCGACUUCAGCACCUCAAAUAUGUCCGAGUUGCCCAACUUGCUUGCCGACAACAGUGAAGGUUUCUGCGUGGACGCUUCCAGUCUGAUCAUGCCUGGCGAUUUGAACGAGCCUCUUUUGCCAAACUUUAACGACAUGCUGCCGCUUGGACUUGAGAACUACUCCAUGCCUACGCUAGACUCGCAACCAAACUACUUUGUCCAACUGCCAAGCGGGGAAAAGGUGCAUUUCAAUGUUCAAGAUCAGCAGAUGAGCAUGGAGCUGCCUGUUCUUGGCCAGGCGGAUAACAGCCUUCACAGUGAAUUCCUGCCUGCCACUAAUACUUACAUGAUCGUCUUGGCGGAGCCCAGCAACGAGACAAUGCAGCUGGACACGAUUCAACUCCAGUAGCAUUCGCUGGUUGCCACCAUCUCCACGAUGACCGAGACUUGCUUCGUUACUCAGGUGCGCCUGCUGGCCGCCCUAGAUGUGGCCAACGCGGCAACGCAGGCCAAGAAGCAGCCGCCUGCCCGGCUCAGCACUUUCUUCGCCGCCUUCG